AGUCUUGGGCGCUUUAAAAAGCGCGUGUCAGUGGGAGGUCGAAGUUUGGUGGGUGUUUUUUUGUGCAGUUUGCGAAAUGUUUAGGAGCUUCGUCAUGGAAGAGUUUGGGCUCGUAUAGGAUGUUUUGCAGAUAAAGUCUAGAAAAGGCUGGGUGUGUGAGAGAAAGAAGGCCGGCUGCGCCGUGAGCAGCGAUGGGCGAGGUUGAGGGCACGUACCGGGCGCUGCAGACUCCAGGCACACGCCUGGGAUCUCAGUUCAACCCCGGCAUCAGUACGCUGGAACCCGGACAAAGCCUGAACUCACCUGUCACAGGUGGCAAAGGCAAGUGUCUGCAGAUCCGUGUUCAGGGCCUGGAUGAUGCUCAGGAAUUCUAUGAGAUUGAGGCUAAAGCAGAUGGACAGACCCUUCUUAGCGACGUGUAUCGCAGGAUCAAUCUCAUAGAGAGCGAUUACUUUGGCCUGGAGUUCCAGAAUGUGCAGAUGAACUGGGUUUGGCUGGAGCCCACCAAGCUCAUAGUGAAACAAGUGCAACGACCAAUGAACACACUGUUUCGCUUGUCAGUAAAGUUCUUCCCACCUGAUCCUGGCCAGCUUCAGGAGGAAUUUACCAGGUAUCUGUUCUCCCUACAGAUGAAGCGAGAUUUGAUAGAAGGCCAGCUGAACUGCACAGAAAACACGGCCGCUCUGCUCGCCUCUCACCUUGUCCAGUCUGAGAUCGGAGACUAUGAUGACGUUGCAGACAGGGAGUAUCUGAAAGAUACUAAGCUGCUCCCAAACCAGGAGCAUUUACAAGAGAAGAUCAUGGAGCUGCAUCGCAGACACGUGUGUCAGACACCUGCUGAGUCUGAUUUCCAAGUGCUGGAGAUUGCCCGGAAGUUGGAGAUGUAUGGUGUGCGUUUCCACCCUGCAGCUGAUCGUGAAGGCACCAAGAUCAAUCUGUCAGUGGCCCACAUGGGUCUGCUGGUCUUUCAGGGCAACACAAAGAUCAACACAUUCAACUGGUCCAAGAUUCGCAAACUGAGCUUCAAAAGGAAGCGAUUUCUCAUCAAGCUGCACCCAGAGGUCCAUGGUCCUCAUCAGGACACGCUGGAGUUCCUAAUGGCAAGUCGUGAUCAGUGCAAGAUCUUCUGGAAGAGCUGCGUGGAGCACCAUGCCUUCUUUCGUCUGAUCGAUCAACCACAACCCAAAGCCAAAGCUAUUCUUUUUAGCAGGGGAUCUUCUUUCAGAUACAGCGGCCGAACUCAGAAGCAGCUGGUCCAGUAUGUUCGGGACAGCGGUGUGAAAAGAACGCCCUACCAGCGGAGAAACAGCAGUAAGAUCCGUAUGUCAACUCGCUCCCUAGCCACUGAUUUUCCUAAGCAGAGCCUGUCCUUCAAUGACAGCCUUAAGAUUUGCAGUUCUCCCCCAUCUGCCACUGUUUCCUUCCACUCUCUGCACUCUUCCAUCUCUCCUGUACGGAUGGAUAACAAUAGCAAACCUCACAUCCAGCAGAUACAACACCUCCACUCUCUCCAGCAGCCUGUGAGACCACCUACCCCUGUGAAGGAGGAACCUGCAAAGAUCCACUCUCCAGCUAACUCAGCCUUCCCAGUUCCAGUAAUGGACAGUCCCCAGUUGUCUCCUUUUGGGUCCAAGUGCCCUCUGAGUGCAUCCACGUCCUUCCAGAUGUCCACGCUCAGUCUGCCCAGCCAGGCACCCUCGAGUCCUGUUCUCAACGAGGGCGGCACUGCCAGACUGGAGGAGGAAGACGAGCUCAGGAGGAAGAGAUAUCCCACUGAUAAAGCCUACUUUAUUGCCAAAGAGAUUCUGAUGACAGAGAGGACGUAUCUAAAGGACCUGGAGGUUAUCACAGUGUGGUUCCGCAGUGCGGUGAUUAAAGAGAAUGCCAUGCCUGAAGGCCUGAUGACCCUCCUUUUCUCCAACAUUGACCCCAUUUAUGAGUUCCACCGAGGCUUUCUCAAAGAAAUUGACCAGAGGCUGGCUCUCUGGGAGGGGCGCUCUAAUGCUCAUGUGAAGGGAGAUUACCAGAGGAUCGGUGAUGUUAUGCUGAGGAACAUGUGUGCCCUGAAGGAAUUCACCAACUACCUACAAAAGCACGAUGAGGUGCUGACUGAGCUGGAGAAGGCCACGAAACAUGUAAAGAAACUGGAGACGGUCUAUAAAGAGUUUGAACUGCAGAAGGUGUGUUACCUGCCCCUUAACACCUUCCUGCUGAAGCCCAUCCAGAGGCUCAUGCACUACAAGCUGAUCUUGGAGCGCCUGUGCAAACACUAUUCCCCCGAGCACAGGGACCACCACGACUGCAAAGAGGCCUUAAAGGAGGUGGCAGAGAUAACAGCUCAACUACAGAGUAGCCUCAUCCGACUGGAGAACUUUCAGAAACUGACAGAACUGCAGCGGGACCUGAUUGGCAUUGAGAACCUCACUGCUCCCGGCAGGGAGUUCAUCAGGGAAGGCUGCCUUUAUAAGCUUACAAAGAAAGGCCUACAGCAAAGGAUGUUCUUCCUGUUCUCAGACAUGCUCCUUUACACAAGCAAAGGCGUCACAGCCACCAACCAGUUUAAAGUUCAUGGCCAGCUUCCCCUUCAUGGCAUGCUUCUCAUUGUUCUAGAUGCUCCGGUGGAGGAGAGUGAGAAUGAGUGGUCUGUCCCCCACUGUUUUACCAUCUACUCAGCCCAGAGGACCAUCGUGGUGGCUGCCAGCUCUAAAGUAGAGAUGUCUAAGUGGAUCGAGGACCUGAACAUGGCCAUUGACAUUGCGAAGAAGACUCAGGAAAAAUUGGAUAUAUUUCUCGACCCAAGUGUGUGUGAUCGCUCCAACCGGUCGUCUGAUGAGAUGUCAUUGGAGCAGGAGUCUGAGGACGAUGUGAACUCGUCUCGCUGCUCUUUGGACAAGCAGAGCCACCAUCGUGCCAACACCACCAUGCACGUGUGCUGGCAUCGAAACACCAGUGUCUCCAUGUCCGACCACAGCCUAGCCGUGGAGAACCAGCUGUCUGGCUACCUGCUCAGGAAAUUUAAAAACAGUAACGGCUGGCAGAAGUUGUGGGUGGUCUUCACCAACUUUUGUUUGUUCUUCUAUAAAACACACCAGGAUGACUUCCCUCUGGCUAGCCUGCCUCUGCUGGGAUACACGGUCAGCACACCUGGGGAAUCAGACAGCAUUCACAAAGAAUAUGUCUUCAAGCUGCAGUUCAAGUCCCAUGUUUAUUUCUUCAGGGCUGAAAGCGAGUACACCUUUGAAAGGUGGAUGGAGGUGAUAAAGAGUGCAGCAAGUGCCGCUGGUAGGGUGAGUCUGCUUAUCUCUAAAGGCCCAGAAGAGAUGAAUGGGAACUGAAGAUUCACACUGAGGCUGGUUGUCCUCCUGGAGUUCGGGGCUGGGCCCUGCAGACUGCCAUGAGUCUACACUAUUGUUUUAUUUAAUCCUCUCUGUUUCGUGGCUCCUAAUGCCAUUAUCUUCAACAUUUCUACUGAAUGGAAAUGGAAGAAGUCAGGGGUCACCCAAGAGCUCUGUUCUGUUUUUUUUUUUUGUUUUUUUCUUUCAUUUUUGACAUGUGGGCUAUGACCCCUUCAUUUUUAAAGUCAUGCCAAGUUUCCAGAAGAGUAAUAUAACCGUAAACUGUUAUUAUAUUCUAUUUUGGUUCACAUGGUCCAGUUAGAGUUUCAGCGGUCACAUUAAAAAAAAAAAAAAUCGCCAGUUCUUCCUCUGAAACUGGGAGCUCAUCCAGAGCUGCAAAACGGUAUUGUUUCGAACCCAUUACGACUUCCUGAAGGGGUUUCAAUGUCAUUAAAAGCUCAUUUUGUGUAACCCCUCAUAUUUACGGGGGCAAAGUAACGGAGCGGAGUAAUGGACCGAAAUCAGGUUUGGAUGGUAGAGUAAGUGAAGAGAUUGAAGUGAGAAAGGAUAGCGAACCACAGUGGUGUGGGCCAAAGGAUAUUCCUGCACCCAGAUGAAGAGAUUGAGUGUUUUGAGGGAAGGAUCCUUGUCCUCUGUAAAUAGUUGUAAAAGGUGUGGUAUGAAAGUUCUAGAAUUGCAUUUAGGGCACUGAAAUAAAAAUGUGCGACAAAAUAAUUGAUCUGGUGUGGACACAGAAGUAAGUAGCGUCUGAAGUGUGUUUGUGCUCCUGUUCGGUUCCACGCUCAUCGCAUUGAGACUUGAGUGACAUAUUUGUUAUACUUUAUUAAAACGCUUGGUUAAUUAACAGUCAUAUAUGUAAGAAAUAUUGAGAUUUAUUGAAAGGUUUGAUUAGAGAGUUUUUAACAGUUUUCUUACUGACAGUGCAUUUGUGCACAGCUCUCAUUUUCUAAAUUUGACUUCUUUUUCUCCCUGAGAACCACAAGGUGGAGUCGUCAUCUAAAGAAUACGUAUGGUCUUAAACUUGGUGCUCACUGACACAAAAGCUGCCUAUUCUUAAUGUCUCGUGGUCAGUAGUUACCUUCGGUUUCUAUUAAACAUAUGGCUCUGCUGAUUUCUGACUUCUCCUGCACGAUAAUUGUGAAUUUAUGAAAGGGAACAUGGGCCAUGUAGUAAACUGGUCUCAAUAAAGUAACGAUUCAUGUGCUUAAACCAAAAAAAAAAAGGUCAGUGGUGUUUUUUCUUUCAGUUUUCUUUAAUAGCACAUAGAGAAAUGUUAAAGCACAGGUUAUGCUGUUUUCUGUAUUAUUAUUAUUAAUAAUCCUUUGUUCUGCUAUAAAGGCCAGUUCUUGUAUGUAAAUAUUUGGGUUAUUAUAUGGUAAAGUGAAGUUUCUUUUAAAGGAAUAUUUCUGUGAACCUUUUGAUUUACACAAUCCUCUACAUACCCUAAAUGCAACGGAUUAACCAAUACAGAUUGGGUGAUUGAAUUUCGCUUCUGCUUUAAAGGCUACAAUCUGUGAUGAACUUAAUGUCAUUCAAAUCACUGCCUUCAGACUUUUUGGACUAUAACCUCUUCCUGGGUUGGAUGCUUGCUGAGGAUGAAAGUGAUCCUGGUUUCAGUGUGGCUGCUUUAACAGUUUCUUGCUACAGGAAGUACUUCUGUUCUUUGCUCUAUACAUUACUGUAUGCCAUAUAGACAGAACAUAACCACGUAAAAUAGCAGUUAGAGAGCAAAGCUUCCUACAUUGUAGCUCCAGUGCAAAACAAAUAAAGCAAAACCUCAGACACAAUACAAAUCUUGGCUUAUCAACUGUAUAGUUUUAAGGAGAAAAUUGUGUUGGUUUAAUUUUCGACCUGAAGUGUCCCUUUAAGAUUUUGAAACAGCCAUGUGUUUUCUCAUAAGGGCUGAGAUGAACUGUACAUGAUCGUUCUCAUUUGGGAGAUUUGACUUGUGAUAUUGACUGGAUCAAAGUCUUUACUAGACUGUUACAUUGGGACAUGAAUGCUGUAAUGGGUCCAACCAAAGACCUAAAGUCUCAAAUGACUGAAUACUUUGGCUGAGGUUUUGUCAGCCACAGAUUAAUCGGUACUGGUGAUUGCCUUGUUUUUUUUUUUUAAUACAAGUAAGCGGAUAUUAUGCACCUCUCAUGUGUCCUGGAUUAUUAGAAGUUUUUUUUUCUUCAAUUAUCUUAUUAUUUUUGUACAUUUCUUACAAGGACUGGAAUUUAAUAUUUCACUCUCGCCUGCCCCGUACAUAAUUUACACGACUGUCAUGUAUAGAGAUUAGAAUGAGCUUUACCAAACCUCCAGGGUGCUUCUGUCAUUCAAAGGAAAUCCAUACAUCACAUUUUACUCCUGUUUGUUUUUCACAUUGCUCCUAUUUAUUGUGUAGCAUGUUGCUGUAGUCAGUUUCCAUGUCAUUACAUUUAAAAAACAACUAAUAAAAAUGAAACGGUUAUUAAUCAGG